AGCGAGAGCCUUCCCCACGUGCGCCCGCCGCGGCUUGUCAUGGGCUGGAGCGAGCCUCUCUUAGCGGCGAUCACUCUAAACGGCACUCUGGUCGCCCUGUACCUCAGAGGAUACUAUUUAUCAUCGCGUCUUCAUAGGACCCAAGGUAUCCCGACCUGUCCAUCCUUUACUCCGUCCAGUAUAGAAUCCUGCGUACCUGAUAUCCGAUAUCAACACGUGAGAUUCACAUUUUGCCCACCAAUCAGCAUGGCUUCGGUUAAGAAAGGGGGUUACCGGAUAAGCGAAUGUCUAUAUAUAGAAUAGGGGGUCUGGCACUUGUAGCCCUACA